UGCGUCACCACUGUCCAUAAAACCUCUUUCUCUCCUUCUGACGUUCUUACUUAUUUUCUUCCGCCUUUCCUAUCAUUCUCCUCCUACUUACAGGCAGUCGCCCUCAUCGUACAACAUGUUGCACAUGUUGUCCCUCUCGCUCCUCGCACUCCUGCCUCUCACAAGUUCAGUAUGGGCUGUGCCCACCUGCUCGGUCCAAUCUUCUAGUUCUGCAUCUGCGGCUGAUGCAAGUACUACGGCCUCAUCUCAGAGUGCUUCUGGCUCUCUCGGGAACAAUGACAAUAAGAUUGCAAUGAGUUGGUAUACCGGAUGGCACACUAAUCAUCUAUCGCCGGCGAAUGUCAGUUGGGACAAGUAUACAGCUGUAACUUACGCCUUUGCUGUCACCACUGACGACGUGAACAAUGUUUCCCUGGCACUUUCGAGCGGACCAUUGCUACCAGUGUUUGUCACGGAAGCACACAAACAUAAUGUAAAGGCGCUUUUGACGAUCGGCGGCUGGACGGGCUCGCGAUACUUCUCUACUGCUGUCGGUUCACCUGAGAAUCGUACCGCGUUCGUCGAAAACAUGAUCAGCCUCGUCAAAAAGUAUGACCUUGAUGGUCUUGACUUCGAUUGGGAGUACCCUAAUAGGCAGGGCCUAGGCUGCAACAUUGUGUCACCUCAAGACUCCGAGAACCUUCUUGCAUUUUUGCAAGAACUACGAAAAAAUUCUGUGAUGCAGAACCUCACUAUAUCCGCAGCUGCUACUAUAAAACUAUUCCUUGGUGCCGACGGUAAUCCGAUGACGGACGUAUCCGGGUUUGCGAGUGUGUUGGACUAUCUUGCUAUCAUGAACUACGACGUCUGGGGCUCAUGGUCGAAGUCGGUCGGACCUAACGCACCUCUAAACGACACAUGCGCAUCCGGGGAUGAACAACAAGGUUCAGCCGUCUCUGCUCUCAAGGCAUGGACCGAUGCCGGUUUCCCUGCAAACAAGCUCUUACUUGGCGUCGGAUCAUACGGCCACAGCUUCUUCGUCAGCAAUAGCUCUGCACUCGCUUCAUCCAACUCUUCAUCUUCAUCCGCUGGUACCUCUGUACCUCCAGGGACACUCCCACUCGCACCGUACCCCCCAUUCGACGCCACCCAACAACCAAAGGGUGACUCGUGGGAUGUGGUAGCUGCUGAUGAGAAAGACCCGUGUGGGGUACCCCUAUCAAUCAGUGGGAACUGGAACUUCCGAGGAUUGAUUGACGAGGGUCUCCUGGAUCACAAUGGGACCGCUACGCCCGGAACUGGAUUUAGGUUUGAUCAAUGUAGCCAGACGCCAUAUGUAUACGACACGAAGACCCAAGCCAUGAUCUCCUACGACGAUGUUCAAUCCUUUGCCGCCAAGGGCAAGUUCAUCGUCGACUCUGGAAUGGCUGGGUUUGCAAUGUGGGAAGCCGCAGGAGACCACAAUGAUCUUCUCCUGGAUUCCAUCAAUGCCGCCAUGGGCAAGUAACCCUCAGCACACACUCCCUGCUCUCAAGCCAUAAUGUCACUUUCAUUACGAAUCGUGAUCCUCACGAGGUUAACAAGCAUAUUCUGACUUCUUGGCCUAUCAUAAUACCUCUCUACAUGCAUGUAGAGCUAUAGUGCACGACACGUUCUUUGUUGUACUGACCACGUUCACAUCACCUGUACUUACCACAAUCCUAACACCUACGCAUUCAUACCUCCUGUAUCGUUAUUCCCGGGCCUCGUGCUUGAUGCAUGUAUGUCAUACUUGGUGUCUUCACAAUCCAAUAGUUCCUUGCUUCUAUCUGCGUCUGCUCAAAUUUGUCUUUAAGGUACAGUAAUCAUUAGUA